CGGACGGAUCGAGUAUAUAUCAAUUUGUAUACGAGCCCGUAAUUUUCUCAUUCUAAAACAAAUCGGGCCCAAGCCCUAAAUUCUGAACUACAUAUCUCUCUCUCUCUCUCUCUCUCUCUCUCUCUCUCUCUCUUCUCGAGGUUCCUCCCUCUUCUAUCAUCGAAAUACAUUCGUAGAAAUGUACAACGGAAUCGGGCUGCAGACCCCGAGGGGAUCGGGCACGAAUGGGUACAUACAGGGCAACAAGUUCCUUGUGAGGCCGAAGAGCGGCAAGGGGGUGGUAGACAACAAGGGUUUUGUGGAGGGUCAGGGAACCGGCGGCGUGUCCAAGAAGCCGAACAAGGACAUCCUUGAGCACGACCGGAAGAGGCAGAUUGAGCUCAAGCUUGUCGUGCUUGAAGAUAAGCUCGUUGAUCAAGGGUACACCGAUGCGGAGAUCGCCGAGAAGCUUGCGGAGGCUAGGAGGAAUCUGGAAGCUUCCUCCGCCGUGGAGGAUGCCGGUGGAGCAGUCCCCUUAUUGGGGAGGGCUUCGGAUACACAAACACAUCAAAUUGCCGCACGAAAGGAAAAGCAGAUGGAAACAUUAAGAGCUGCUCUUAGAAUACCAACCUCUGAAGCUGGCGGUCAAAAAAAGUCGAACGGUCAAGGGUCAAAUUCUGGAAAUGAUUAUGAUGUUGAUCUAGGAGACAACCAGGAAAGUGGUUUUGAUGGUGAUCGCAAGCCACUUAAAAAAGAUUCUCAUGAAAAGGAUGUUUUGAAAAAUAGCAAUAAACAAGCUGGAAGAGAUGGGAGCGAUGAGUUAAGAAACCACAAGAACCAAGGGAGCAAAGAAAGACUCCAGGGGAGUGAUUCUUUUGAUACAGAUAGCGAUGAAAAGCAUGCAAAAGGGAUCAGAAACAAGCAUCAGAAAAGUAAGGAGAACUAUUCUGGAAGUGAUUCUGAUAUUGAGGUUAGGAAGAAGAAGCAAAAAUCAUCCAAAAAGGACAAGAAAGGUAGAAGACACAACACUGAUGAUUCCGAGUCUGAUGAGGAGAAGUAUGAGAAACCUCGUGAAAGGCAUGACAAAAGAAGUGGAAGAUACAAGCAUGACGAUUCCGAGUCUACUGAUGAGAAAUAUGAGAAGACUCGUAAGAGGCCUGACAUCAAAAGUAGGAGACAUGACAGUGAUGAUUCCGAACCUGAUGGCGAGGAAUAUGAGAAAACUUAUAGGAGGGGUGACAAACUUAAGGGAAGACAUGCCAAUGAUGAUUCUGAGUUUAAUGAUGAGGGACAUGAAGCUCUUAAGAAGCAUGACAGGAAGAGUACAAGACAUGACAGUGAUGAUUCCGAUUCAGAUGGUGAGGAAAAUGGAAAAAAUCGAAAGAGGCAUGAUUCUGAUACAGAUAGUGCUAAGGGAAAUAAAAGAAUUGAGGUGAGAGAAAGGAUUCAGCAUGGUGGAAGUCACAGGAUAGAAAAAGGAGUUUCUGUUCUGGACGAUCACAGGAAAAUUGACAAUGGGAGUAAGAAAAAUAGCAGAAAGUAUGACUUCAAAAGUGAAACUGACAAAGCACAGAUACUCAAAAAGGAAGCCGAGGAGAAGAGCAGGAGAAGGCGACAUGAUACUGGUAAUGAUGAUGAUGAUAACGAUAUUCGUGAUAAAAAAAUAGAAAUGAAACUGAGAAGUGGAGAAUAUGAUACUGAUAAGCAUGACUAUUAUCACAGCAAGCGUGCUAAUUACCAUGAGGGAUACAGUGAGGAUGGUUCUGAUAGUUCUGCGGAUGAUUACAAGCGGGGGAAGAGGGAUACUACCAAGUCUUCGCAGAAGGUAAGUGACCGCAGUGGCGAUUCAAGUCGCAGAAAUGUUGAUUUGACAAAAGAAAAAAAUGCUCUUCAAAAAAGUGAUGAUGGGUUGAACACGCUCAGGAAAUUAGAGGAGCUUUACCAGACAAGGGAAGAUACUAUGGAUGGUCAAGAAAUUAACAGGGGCAAGAGAAAGGCUGAUGGUGUAAACGAAGAUGAGCAAGCUGAGGCAAAGUCUAGAAGCCGGUAUGUAGGGAAAGAGUCGGAUCAUCGUCGUGAACAGCAGAAGGAUGCCGAAAUAAAUAGUAGGUCAUCCAGGAUCAAGGAUGAUCAAAAGAGGGAGGAUCAUUCAAGGUUGAGCAGAUCUGGAGGCAGGCAUGAGGAUGACAAUACUGAACGUGAUGGUAGAAAUCGUAAUAGAGAAGUACAUCGUGAGAGCAGGAGAAGUGAACGGGAUAAUGAAGAGCAACGUGGGGGCAGAAAGAACAACAGGGAUGAGGAGGAGAGUAGAGGAAGAAAGCAUGAGGAUGACAAUAGUGAACGUGAUGGCGGAUAUCGUACUAGGGAAGAACUAUAUCGUGAGACCAGGAGAAGUGACCGGGAUAACGAAGAGCAACGUGGGGGAAGAAAGAACAACAGGGAUGAGGAGGAGAGUAGAGGAAGAAAGCAUAGAAGAGAUGAAGAUGAGGUGGAAGAACGUCAGCAUGGAAGUAGACGUGGAAGAAAGGAGGAAGAAGAGCGUGGAAGUGGGAAGGAUUCUCGGUCAGGUGAGGGCAGAAGAAAUGACGAUGACAGGCGGGAUUCCUCCAAGAGAGUAAAAUAUGAAGAUUCUCGUUCUGGUGAGGGAAGAAGGCAUGACAUUGACAAGAAGGAUGAUGGACGGGCCAAGCGGCGAGAUUGACUUUGCUUCUUAUCUCAGACAUGUGGCUCUGUUUUGCCAAAGCUGGAUGCUCAAGUCCCUGACAAGAUCGGACCAGAGAAAUAAUGGGAGAAUGUAGGAUAUGUAUCAGACAAUGAUUUUGUAUGAAGAAAUUCUCAGACGCUAUGCUUGUUGAUUCUACUUUUGGGCUCCCAUUGGUCUCCUUCCUGUAUGUGAAAUUUCUGCUGCUAAGGUCACUCUUUGAGCAUUUUCUUGAAUGAAUUUGGUACGCGUGUAUACAUUAUUACACCCGGUCAUAUAAUUUUUGCGUUGUCUGUGGCUUGACUUUUGAUUC